AUGGCGGUACAACGGCAGACUCUUGCAUUUGGCGUCUUCAGCUCGCAUCUUGUAUUGGCAGUCGCCGCACUCGUAGUAUUUGCUGUGCUGAUACGUGCCAUCUACCAAGGCCUCACGGGUCCCACAGCCCGCCUGCCAGGCACUCUCAUCUCCAGAUGGACCGACUUGCCAGUGCGAGUGAGGACGUUGCUGAGUACACGAGCACAAUAUGUCCACUCACUUCAUGAAAAAUACGGUCCCGUAAUUCGUUUGGGCCCCAAUGAUGUCGAUGUCUCUGACGUCGAUGCUGCUCGCGAAAUCCACCGCGUUCGUGACCCCUUCCUUAAGUCCGAAUUCUACGGGCCUGGAGGGCGUAUCCAGAGCAUGUUCAGUACGCGAGAUCCUCAAUUCCACUCUCAGCGACGUCGUCUGCUCGGUCCCUACUUUUCCGAGGCAUCCCUGAACGCAUUCGAGGACAAAGUCGCAGGCUUGGUCCAGGCCGCAGUGGAUGGUAUUCUCAGUGAGUCGAAACGCACCGGCUGUGCGGACAUCUUGAAAUGGUGGACUUUGAUGGCGAUGGAUGUUAUUGCCGACCUGACGUUUGGCGAGUCUUUUGGCAUGGUCAGCAGCGGCGAGAAAACGCAAUUCGCUGAGGAUGUUGGAAAGCUUGGGAGCAUUUUACCGUUGCGCACCGCGUUCCCAAUAAUCUUCGCUCUUGGACCUUACCUCUCCUUCAUCCCAUUCUUCCACGAGAUUGCGACCUCCAGAGAACGUAUCCUCAAAGUCCAGCAAAAGCGAGUUGCACGAUUCAUGGAGCUCGUCGAAGCUGACGACAGCGCACGAAGCAAGAGUGUUUUCGGUGCUCUGGUCAAGAAGUCGAAGGAAACAGACCUCGCCCCCAUGGAUCUUAUCAUCGAGGCCCAAUCCUUCAUCACAGCUGGCACAGACACGACAGCCGUCACUCUCACGUACUUGAUCUGGGCCGUGUGUCAGGAUUCAAAGGUCAAACAAAACCUCCUGCGUGAACUGACAGACCUGCCAGAGGACUUCAAGAACAACGACCUCAAAGCCUUGCCGUACUUGAAUAAUGUGAUUGACGAGGCCCUCCGUUGCUAUGGAGCUGCGCCUGGGUCUUUGCCACGAGUCGUUCCCCCGGCUGGAGCGUCACUGGCUGAGCAUACAAUUCCUGGCGGCGUCGUGGUGUCCACGCAGGCUUACAGCUUGCAUCGUGACGGAAACAUAUUUGAAACCCCUGAAAAAUUCGAUCCCUCUCGUUGGGAGAAUCCUAGCAAGAGCAUGUUGAACGCUUCCAUGCCUUUCGGUAUUGGACCACGAGGCUGCGUUGGCAUUCAUCUGGCUCGUAUGGAAUUGCGACUCGCAACAGCAAAGUUCUUCAGAGCUGCGCCAAAUGUUCGCAUCUCGACGAAGGAGGACAUGUCGAACUCUGAUAUGGACCCAACAAUCUCGUUCUUGCUGAUGCCGAAGGGUCACCGAUGUUUGGUAGAGGUUUGA